AUGCCGUACGUUGAUGUUUCAGGAAUAAAAAUUAAUUUUCCGUACGAACCUUAUCCAUGUCAGGUCAGUUACAUGGAGAAAGUCAUUGAAAGUCUCAGGACGUCAAAGAAUGGCAUUUUGGAAAGUCCAACUGGUACAGGAAAAACUCUAUGCUUACUUUGUGCUGGUCUUGCAUGGCUUGAAAACAAAAAAGCACAAAUUGCUAAUAACAGAUGGAAAAAUAAUGCAGAAACAAGAAAACUGUGUGCUCACUCUGAAAAGAAAUUAAAUGUUUUGAGAUUAAAAAAAGGAAUUGGUAAUUCAUUUUUUAUUUCUUUAAUCUUUAUUGUCAGAAAUUUUAACUUACCAGGAGCACCAAAAAUCAUUUAUGCCUCCAGAACACAUUCACAAUUAAACCAGGCUGUACAUGAAUUUAAAAGGACAUCUUAUAGCUACAUGAAGGCAGUUGUCAUAGGUUCUCGUGAACAAAUGUGCAUCCACCCUACUAUAAUGAAGGAAACUAGCAACACAUCUAAGGUGUACAUGUGUCGAGCAAAGGUGUCCAGUAGAUCUUGCCAUUUUUACAAUCAAGUAGAAGGUAAAAAUUUUUAUAAAUUUUUUACAAUUUUUGUAUUUGACAUUGAAGACUUACUAACAUCAGGCCGUAAGAACAGUUUUUGUCCAUAUUAUUUGGCUAAAGAACUAAAAAAAGAAGCUGAUGUCAUAUUCAUGCCUUACAAUUAUGUCUUGGAUCCUAAGAGUAGAAAAGCACAUGGAGUUGAACUGCAAGGGAACAUUUUGAUAUUUGAUGAAGCUCACAAUCUGGAACGGAUAUGUGAGGAAAGUGCAUCAUUUGAUUUGUCAAGUGCUGAUAUUGCUUCUGCCAUUUCAGAUGUCAAUCGAAUCAUUAAUAAGGUUCAGGAAUGGCAGUCAAAUGAUAUCGAUUCAAGUUAUGAUCCUGACCCUAUUUCCGACUACAACAUUAAUGAAGUUGCUGAUUAUAAAAAAAUACUUUUGAAUCUAGAAGAAAAGCUUGAUUCUUUCAUAGUUGGAGAUGAUGGAAUGACAUUGAAUGGCUGUGCUAUUUUCGAAAUUUUAAAUGAAUCCGGUCUUACGUUUGAUAAGAAAAGUAUUUUUUGUGAAUUAACUGAGAAAAUGAUAUCAACACUUACUGUUGACUUAAAGUCUUCAAUCUUCACAAACAAUGGAACUGGAUUAUCAAAGCUUUCCGAUGUUCUUAAGACCCAGUUCUCCCGAGAUAGGACGUUGUUUUCUUUGCCAUCAAUUUUUCGCGCCAAAUUAGGCGAUCAGUUGUAUCCAUUUCAUUUAAAUUUAGAGCUUUUCAUAUCUUGCUCGAUUGUUUUGAUUAAUAUCUUUUGUUUAAUUUUAUUUUCAUAUCAAGGGAGAAUCUUAAGUUACUGGUGCUUUAGCCCUGGUUACACUAUGGCUGACCUCAAGGAUCAUGGUGUUAGAGUUAUUUUAUUGACCUCUGGAACAUUAUCACCUUUAGAAUCAUUUGUGUCUGAAUUUGGCAUUGAUUUCCCAGUGCAGCUGGAGAACCCUCACGUUAUUGAUAGCAAUCAAGUUUGGAUUGGAAGCGUCGAAAAGGGUCCUGAUAAUGCAAUUUUGUCAUCCACAUAUGAGAUGAGAUUCAAGAAAGAAUAUUUAAUUUCCAUUGGAAACACAAUAGUUAACUUCAAUCGUAUCGUUCCUAUGGGACUACUCAUAUUUUUUCCAUCGUACGUAGUCAUGGAAAAAUGCAUAGACGCUUGGCAGAGAAAUGCAGCUAUAUACAAAAGAUUAGAAGCUACAAAGAAAAUUUUCAUUGAACCAAAAGAUAAAUCAAAAUUUUCAACGACUAUGCAGGAAUAUUAUGAUUCUUUCAAAGAUCCAAAAAAUGCGGGGGCAAUAUUUAUGGCUGUAUGCAGAGGAAAGGUGAGUGAGGGCUUAGACUUUUCAGAUAAUUAUGGAAGAGGAGUGGUUAUUACAGGACUUCCCUAUCCACCUAAAAAAGAUGCACGAGUCAUGUUAAAAAUGCUGUUUCUUGAUGAAAUUAGAAAAGCUAAUAGAAUGGCCAUAUCAGGACAAGAAUGGUACAACCAACAAGCAUGGAGAGCUGUAAACCAAGCUCUUGGUAGAGUUAUUAGACAUAGAAAUGAUUUUGGGGCAAUCAUGCUUUGUGAUAUCAGAUUCAGAGCAGUUCAAGACCAACUUCCGAUAUGGCUGCGAUCUGUCGUGAAAAGAUAUACCAGUUUUGGCCUAAUUGUAAAAAAUUUACUAUCGUUUUUCAAAUUGCAUGAAUCAGAGGUUAGAACGAAUAAACUAACUUUUUGUUUAAUUUAA